ACGGGUCUGAGACUGACAGAUGCUUGAAUGGAAAAGCCUCUAAUUGGAUGAGGUGGGUGGACCCACGGGUAAAACGGGAUUAUGUCUGAGCAUCAGAUAAUCAGAUUAUUCCCGAAACAGAGCUUGCUUUUUUAACUACCUGUACGUAAUCUAUCACACACGUCUUUACUCCUGGACUACCAUCACUUGAUUCUAAGUUUUUCAUUCACUGUUUGUGGUCUGUGAGACCUGAGAAAAAUUUUGUUUAUUAUCAAUUUUUUCUUUUCCAUUUUAAAUUACUUGACUCCUUAAAUCUGGGACUGUAAUGGCUUGUCCAGCUUCUGAUGGAUAUAUCCAAGAAAACGGACUCAGAACCUGAACUUCUUGUGCUGUGUAAAUAAAGGAUGGGGUUGGAUGUACGGCUUCAAUUCACCAUGUCUUUAAAAUGUGGACUCUUCACGCUAUGCAUCUUUAUUCUGCCUGUCACAGGCAUUAAAGAAAUACUCAACCCAACAAACGUACCAAGCCUGCCAAAGCAAAAUUCUGGGAUGAGGACUUUAUUUGAAAUGGAACAACAUCGAGUCAAAAGGUCGGAUUUCUUUCAUUCUGAGGUGAAAGUUUGUCCACAGGAAACAGUGAGAGAGGUUAUAGCAAGUCACAAAGCAUACUACACACUGAGAGUUUGCCAGGAGGCUGUAUGGGAGGCUUUCCGGAUCUUUCUGGACAGAAUUCCCAGCAGUUCAGAGUACCAGAAAUGGGUCCACAUAUGCCAGCACGAGUCCUUGUGCAUCUCAGAUCUGGCUACAAACUUUAGCAGUUCUCAAGAACACAUUGACAUGGUCUACAGGAGGGUGAAUGUAAAUAAUGAAAAAGUGCAAGAACAAAAAGUACACGAAAAGCCAGAAACAGAUGAAGCACCAGAAACAGAAGGUUCAGAAAAAGCCCAGACUGAAGCAGCUACUGAAUCUACUUUUGAUUCGACUAAAUCUACUAUACACACUUCUACAGACACAGCUACUGUCUUACAGGGGUCGGAUCUUCCAAAUGUAGUUCCAGAGCAUCCAGUUCAUCAGGUCAUUGAGUUCAGCAUUACCCUGAUGGAUUCUGGGUACCAAGAGAUACUGAGAGACACAGAUUCACCUCAAUAUCACGAUCUGUCACGACAUCUCCAGGAACAGAUGCAACAUGUUUUUGACGACCUACCUGGAUUUAUUGAGGUACAGGUGUUAAGGAUUAGUGAGACAGAAGCACCUGAGAGGUCUGGAGGAAUAUCAGUGGUCUACACAGUGGUAUUUGAGGCCAUUCCAGCAAACAUUGCCGCAAAGAGUUUGGAUACCGGCACAGUUGUCUCAUCUCCUGGACCAAGUUUGAAGGAUAACAUAAUUAAAGCUUUGAGUAAAAAAGCAUCUCUUCUUGAUCUUAACUCACUGACCUUCGACACAGGAAGAAAACAUCUCACAACAAUGAUGUCCCUCACCACAAUUUCUGAAGACGUCAUAACUGAGUCCCCUGAUCUAGAUCCACAUAAGGACCUUCGUUCUCCAACCGAACAUACUGAGGUUUCAUCGGAUACUCUGGAUUUAAGAACUGCUGCAAGUUUCCCCAUAACCACAACAAUGAAACCAAUGGCGGAACCUGAGAAUGAAGCAGUCAUUAUACACACGCUUGAAACUGUUCAAAGUAAAACAAGUGAACUCAUAAAAGAAAAUCAUCCAGAUAAAGCUGCUAGUGAAGACGACAGCAAAUCAACUAUUACUGAUAAAGAUAAUGUCUCAUUGGUGCCAAGUGAUGAACAGGUUGACACCACACCGAAACCUUCCUCAGAAAGUGACUUUAAUGUAAACACUAUACCUGAAGAUGAAAAUAUAUUUAAUCCAAUGACCACCACCAGCAUUAUGUUCACCUCUGCAACCAUGGUUAAUCUGAGGACUGAGUUGCCUGUCACAUCUGACUCCAGCAUCACCCUACAACCAGCAACCGAACUAAAUGAUUUCACAUCCGAAGCGACAGAUUCUAAUGAAAUUCCAGAGGUGCCACCAGUAAAUACUGGGAUGAGGGAAGGGGAUGAAGAGGGCACUGAAGUGGUGCUGAGCGAACCAUCAGAAGAGACUACGUCUGAUGUUGCAAUACUCAAGGUGAAGGUUGAGCCUGAUGAGGUAACUGGAUUUGAACAAGUGACUGUGGUAACCGUUGAGAGAGAUACGAUUGCAGAAGGUAACAAAACAAACAAAAAGGUAGCAGAAUCAGACAAAGAGGUGUUUACAGAAUUAUCAAAAGAAGAAAUUAUGGAAAAUGAUGAAGAUGUACAAGUAGAGCAAAAAGAUGUUGUUCCGACAAGAGUAACGGAAGAGAAAACUCAAUUAAUAGGACCUAAAGAUGAAGAGGGUGAUGUGGUGGAACUUCCGACAGAUGCUGAUGGACCUUCUAGGGAAAACAUCAACACUAAAAGACCUGAUGUGGGGAUGGCAAGUGAUGUCCCUGAAUCUUCUACUGAAGGUCCACAAGUACCUCCUGUAGAGAUUGAACCACUAGGGAUUUCAUUGUCAGUGACUUACCCUGUUGAGCAGUUUGACUAUUACCAACCUAAAGAAAAUGAUAAUCUGUCCUAUGUGCCAGCUGUAAGUGUUCAACCAGGGUUGGACAAUACUACAACAGAACACGUGGAAGACACUGGGCUUGAGGACCAACUAUCCAAACCUGAGGUUAUUGAGGAAGCUCUUGAGAAACCAUUAGUGGAGGACAAGACCGUAGUAUCAGAACAGACUCUGCCUGAUGGUCAAUUUAACGUAACAGAGUCACUACCUGAUUUGAAGAAAGAUAAAGACCUACCUGUUGGAGAAAGUGAGAAGCCGGAAGACACACAAACAGAGGCUGGCCCUGUAGUACAUAACAUAGAGACUGUAAAGACACCUGCUACUGAUCCACCCUCGACAACUUUAACUGCAGACCCUGGACUUUAUACAGUAGUUUUCACAGAUGUAUCAACACCUGGGAAAAAGGAAUAUGAUUCGCCAACCGGAAGAGUACUAUCAUCUGUUGUCCAUAGCACUGUUCCUGUGGAUCUGGACAAUGUCAAAGUGCAAAAUGUGGAAACUGAGAACCCAUCUAUACAUUUUAAAGAUCCAGCCACUGAGCUAGACCAAAUGGAUGUAGUAAGUGCAGAGACCGUUGAUUUCUUAAGUUACGACAGUAGAUAUUCUUUCCCAGAUGAUGGACAUCUGUUGGUGACAACAAAGGCACCGUCACUGAAGUAUUUGACAACUCCUUCAAUGACCACAGCUAACAAAGGAAAAGAGCUGGUUGUGUUUUUUAGCCUUCGUGUCACGAACAUGCUAUUCUCUGAAGAUCUUUUCAAUAAGAGCUCUACAGAAUACAGAUCAUUGGAAAACAGAUUUGUCGAAUUGCUACUACCGUAUCUUCAGUCUAACCUAACCGGCUUUAAGCAGUUAGAGAUCCUCAACUUCAGAAAUGGAAGCGUGGUGGUCAACAGCAAGAUGAAGUUCGCCAAGUCUGUGCCAUACAACAUCACUCGGGCUGUCCAGUGUGUCUUGGAGGAAUUCUGUGAUGCUGCAUCCAAACGUCUGGACAUAAAGAUCGACAGCCAUUCUUUAGACAUAGAACCAGCGGAUGAAGCAGACCCCUGCAAGUUUCUUGCCUGCAACCAGUUUUCCAAAUGCAAGGUGAACCACCGUACGAAGGAGGCUCAGUGUUUGUGUGACCCAGGCUAUGUGUCGCUGGACGGAUCGACAUGUCAGAGUCUCUGUGUUGUCCAACUUGAUUUCUGUCUCAAUGGAGGAGAAUGUGAGAUUGUGCCAGGGCAUGGUGCCGCUUGCAGAUGUGCCGUAGGUAAAUUCUGGCACUUUAUCGGGGAGAGAUGUGCAGAGCUGGUCUCCGUUCCUCUAGACCCUUUUCUUUCUCUAGUGUUCCUCGUGGUUGGCCUGACCUUUCAAUAUGCCAUCAUUACUAUCUUGUUAUCUUUGUGCAGGAAUUGUGUACGGACCAGAAAGACACUAACUCUAGUAGAGCGAGAGCAGACCACCAUACCAGGCCUGUCGAGUUCACCAUGAGAAGAUUUAUAUGGUUAUAAUAACUUUCAGUGAGGAACGGGAAGCUACAUUUCACAAGGUUUAGAUGUACUUCUCAUAAUCCUGAAGACUUUCAAAUGAGCGGCCAUACAUCCUGAAAGAACGAAUAAUGAAGUCUAUGCUGUUUAUUUAUAUUUUUACCUGACAAUCUCUUGAAAAAAUUGAGAAACUCAUCAAUAUUUUAAAUGGACUGUUUGAAAUGACAGAAAUUAUUUGGAGUUUCCUCACAAUGAGGAAAUUAUUCUGUAUUAUCAUAGAGAAAACUUUAAGUGUUUCAUAUUUAGAAUGGUAAAUAAUUAUGUCAUGGUGUUUAAAUAUCAAUUAUCAAUUGUGGAGCCAUUUUUGUCUUUAGUAUUGUUGUGUUAAAAAACGAUACUGCAGAAUUCUUUACAGUCUUUGAUUUAUGUUAUCACUGU